ACAGAAGAAAAUCGUCUUCCAUACAAAUCCUAUCUGCAUCUGAAUCUCUCUUGCGCUCCCAAUCCCACAAAAUCAUGCCAUUUCCUACCCAUUCUCAUCUCACCAAUUCCCCAUGGCAUUCCAAUCCAACAUUUUCUCUACCUGGUCUCUUCCCCUGCCCCUUCCAGCUGUCUCCAUAAUCCCUUCAAAAGCUCUCCAUGUCCGAUGUGGAUCCAGCAAUGAUGGUCAAGAGGAGUAUUUGAUUGAUGCUCCUGUGUCUGCUGGAGAUGGAUUUUCUUUUACUGGAGGAAAGUAUUCAGAUGGACCUAGUCGAUCAGAUGAGUGGUUUGCUCAGGGCAAGUUUAUAAAAGCUCAUCCCGUGCGCGGCAGCAGAGGGAAUGCUAAGGAUCCAAUUUUUGGCCUUAAAAUGGGUGCCGAGUCACAAUCUUCAGAUGAUGUUUUCAGAUGGUUUUGUGUUGAGGCAGGAAAUUCUUCCAAUCCAAGGAUCAUACUGAUUCAUGGCUUUCCAUCACAGGCAUAUUCAUUUCGUAAAGUUCUUCCUGUACUUUCUGAGGAUUACCAUGCCGUUGCUUUUGAUUGGCUCGGUUUUGGGUUUUCAGAUAAGCCUCAGCCAAAAUAUGGUUUUGACUACACAUUAGAUGAAUAUGUAUCAGCUUUAGAAUCUCUGGUUGAGAAGCUUGCAGUAGAUAAAUUCUCUCUUGUUGUUCAAGGUUACUUUGCUCCAAUUGUUAUGAAAUACGCCAGCCAUCAUCAAGAAAAGUUGAGAAAUCUUAUACUAGUCAAUCCCCCUAUGACAGACAUGCACGCAAAGCUGCCAUCAACCUUAUCUAUAUUUAGCAACUUUUUGCUGGGUGAGAUUUUCUCCCAGGAUCCUCUCAGAGCUAGUGAUAAAACUUUGACCAGCUCUGGUCCAUACAUGAUGAAAGAGGAAGAUGCAAUGGUUUAUAGAAGACCAUAUCUUACUUCUGGCUCUUCUGGUUUCGCAUUAAAUGCAAUAAGUAGAGCUAUGAAGAAGGAUUUGAGGAAUUAUGUCGAGGAAAUGAAGAAAGUGCUAAUCAGUGAGACAUGGACAAUCCCCACAACAGUAUGUUGGGGUAUGAGAGACCGCUGGCUUAGCUAUGACGGUGUUGCAGAUUUUUGCAAGAUUUCAAAUUCUAAACUAGUGGAGCUGCAAAUGGCAGGUCAUCAUGUACAAGAAGAUUAUGGAGAAGAACUUGCAAACAUAAUUUCCCUAACCGUCAGCAAAGGGAAAUGAAUCAAAGAGAUUUCCGGGUAAUGCAAUGCUGGUACUUUUAAGGAUGAAAUGGCCAAGCUCUACGUAUUGUGAAAUUAUAGCCAGAUAUUAUUUGACCUUUACCUUUGUUGAAAAUUAUGCAUUCUGUGUUCCUUGUACAGUUAACACAUACAGAUGAUCUUAUAAUUAAGACAGGAGUAAAUCUACUGAUCAGUCUUAGUAGAUGAUGAAGUGAAUGCAAUGUCACAAUUCACAUUGGUGGCUGAUCAGUAAUUGUCAGUCAGAUGUAUGUAUGUGUCUGUAUCUCUUGAAUGUAUAUAUUUGGAGAAUGAGAAAUAUAAAAAAUUUCACCUCUGGUGAUUGCCUCCUA